CAUAGAUCGGCAAACGCGGAGGGGGAGGAGGAAGAGGACGAUGAAGUGGAGACGAAGGAUCUAAAGAUCCGUUUCCUUCACUACCUCUCAUACUUGAUUACAUCCGUCUCUUGCUCUUGCCAUCAAUUCCUACAGGUUUCGUGUCCUGCUAUGGCGAGGGGAGGAGGUGUCUUCCGCGCCUCAUGCCUCAUCUGCAUCUUCCUCGCCGCCUCGAUCUGUUGCAUCUCAGCUCAAGACUCAGCAUUUUGCCCAUCUGGUUGGUAUGUCGGUCCCAAUAAGAACAAAUGCUUCAUACAUAUAGCAAGUUCCCUUUCAUGGAUCAAGUCAGAGAAACUCUGUCAGAGUCAUAAUGGUCAUUUGGCUGCCCUCACUUCGGCUCAGGAAUUGAGUCUUGCACAGAGCCUAUGUGCCGGAAGCAGCACUGGAUGUUGGGUUGGAGGCCGUGGUUAUAAUUCUACGUUAGGGUUUGGUUGGAAAUGGUCUGACAACACGUCAAGUUGGAAUGAAUCAGUUUUCCCUGGUGAACCUUUUCAUGUUAAUUGUACGGGAGCUUCAUGCAACAGCAUUAGCCCAACUGAUUCAUGUACUUUGGUAACUAGUGGCCAUGUUGCUUUCGUCGGUGAAAGAUGCAAUACAUCUCAUGAACUUAUUUGCAUGCUUGGUCGAGAAAGCAAAUGUUCCCACAAGCAUUGCCAUAGGGAGUAUUUUAUCAUCCUUGCAGCUGUAAGUGGAUUAAUUCUUUUCAUCACCCUGGCUCUUGUCAUAUGGCUCCUUGUAUAUAGGCGAAGCAAGAAACGCAGAAGAUCUCGCAAAAUUUCUAGUCCUUCAGCAGCUGCAUUAGUUCCUCCAUCAUGGAAAGUUUUCACCAGUGAAGAGUUGAGAUCAAUUACAAAGAACUUUAGUGAAGGAAAUCGACUUAUUGGGGAUGCCAAAACAGGUGGAACUUAUAGUGGGUUCUUGUCUGAUGGCUCGCGAGUGGCAGUUAAGAGACUAAAGAGGUAUAGCCUUCAAAGGAAGAAGGAAUUCUACUCUGAGGUUGGAAGAGUUGCAAAACUUCACCAUCCUAAUUUGGUGGCAGUUAAAGGUUGUUGCUAUGAUCAUGGUGAUCGCUAUAUUGUUUACAAGUUUGUUGCUAAUGGACCAUUGGAUCGAUGGCUGCACCACAUACCAAGAGGUGGUAGGAACUUGGAUUGGGCUAUGAGAAUCAGAGUUGCCACAACUCUUUCGCAAGGAAUCGCAUUUCUUCAUGACAAGGUGAAGCCACAAGUUGUACACCGUGACAUUCGAGCUAGCAAUGUGCUUCUUGAUGAAGAGUUUGGAUCACAUCUGAUGGGUGUAGGGCUCUCUAAAUUUGUACCUUGGGAAGUGAUGCAUGAAAGGACAAAGAUGGCAGGAACUUAUGGAUAUCUUGCUCCAGAAUUUAUGUAUAGAAAUGAAUUGACAACCAAGAGCGAUGUGUACAGUUUCGGUGUGCUGCUGCUAGAGAUCAUCAGUGGCCGGCGGCCAGGCCAGGCCGUCGAAUCUGUGGGUUGGCAGACAAUAUUUGAGUGGGCGACACCGCUUGUUCAGUCCCAUAGGUAUGUUGAACUCCUCGAUCCACUCAUUUCUGACAUUCCCGAUGAUGGCGUGAUACAAAAGGUGGUGGAUCUUGUGUACGCGUGCACCCAGCAUGUCCCGUCAGUUCGACCACGGAUGUCACAUGUUGUCCACCAACUGCAGCAGUUGGGUCUGAGGGCUGUCUCCGAGCAGCCAAGAAGUGGUACAAGCACCAGCGCAACGUCCCCGAUGUUGCCACUGCAGGUGGAGACACCUCGCUGAGGGUUAUUUGCAUCCAUGGGGGAGCACUAUGUUGUCUUUUACUAGAAGCUGUAUUAGAAGCUGGUGUUAUUAUAUGAUGUGCUUUAGAUUUAAAACUGUUGUUCUGUAUUAAGGUAAUCAUGUCCCAGACGCAGAUUUUAUUAUAAGAACAGAAAAAAAGAAUCAAGCGAAUCUUGCGACA